GAGGCUUUAGGCAGCCUGUUUCAAAGGAAACAUCAUUGAAGGAUCUGUCUCUGUUACCUGGGUUUCACAAAUGAUUGUGACUACUGUCGUGAUUAUACAGUAUAUACUGUGUUAGUAGUUGGGGGGAAACAGUAAUCUUGUGUUUCAUAACUUUUUGGAGUCUAUUUUCUUCUCCACUUCUGGUAUGCAACUUGCUAAGACUUGUUUUCGUUAGCCCACACAAGCCCAGAGCAAGCUUUCUGAGAAUCUGAAUCUGUCCUGCCCAAGCUCUUUCUUUGUGAUAACUCUGUGAUCUGUGCGGGAAAGGCGUCGUGUCCUGCUUGUUCGUGCUGAGAGGAACGGUCCUAGUACAUCGUGUCCUCGCCUCAAACAACAGUCUGGGAAGGCCGGGGGUGUCAGAUGGUCCAGUCGGCAGCAGGAGCAGACGCAGCAGUAUUGUCCUCCUCAUGUCCCUCCUGUCCAGCCUCCUCUGCUAGUCUCCUCGUCCUGCCCGCCCCGGCCCGGCCCGAUCCCUGUCCCCGCCCCGCCUUCUAGCCUACCUCUUCCUCAUGCUUUGGACGCCCGCGACUCCCCAAUGACUGCCUGGAUCAUUCUCCCCGUCAGCCUCUCUGCCUUCUCCAUCACAGGGAUAUGGAUUGUGUAUGCCAUGGCAGUGAUGAACCAUCAUGUUUGCCCUGUAGAAAACUGGUCGUACAAUGUGUCGUGCUCAGAGGAGACCUCCAAACAAGGCUUUCCAAAGAGCUGCUGCACGCUGCAGGACAUUCCUCUCAUCAGUAAAUGUGGCUCGUUCCCCCCGGAGAGCUGCCUGUUCAGUCUCAUCGGGAAUGUGGGAGCGUUUAUGGUGGUGAUGGUGUGUCUGCUGCGGUACGCCCAGGUGAUCGAGCACAGCCGGCGCUCCUGGGUGAACACCAGCGGCCUCAUUACCGGCUGCACCAACGCCCUGGGUCUCGUCAUGGUGGGGAACUUCCAGGUGGACCACGCCAAGUCCCUGCACUACAUCGGCGCGGGGGUGGCCUUCCCAGCCGGACUGCUGUUUGUGGGUCUGCAGUGUGUGCUCACGUACCGCAUUGCCAUCACCGCGCUGGACUACUGGAUGGCACACGUGCGUGUGGGGCUCACCGUUGUGGCCUUAAUCUCCCUCAUCCUGAGUGGGGUCUUCUUCAUCCACGAGAGCUUCCACCUCCAGCAUGCUGCGGCCAUCUGCGAGUGGAUCUUCACAGUUGACAUCCUGGUCUUCUACGGCACUUUCACCUACGAGUUCGGCGCCGUGACCAACGACACCAUGAUAAUGGCCCUGCAGCGCAACCAGGGCCCCGGGGGCAUCGGGGGCAAGAGCUGCAAGUCUCCGGGCAGCAGCAGCACCUCCACCCAUCUCAACUGCAACCCCGAGAGCAUCGCCAUGUUGUAGCCCCCCCCCUGUCCUGCAGCUCGCCGGCUCCCCCUGCUGGAUCCUCAUAGGCGGUGCUCUGGAACCGCGGGGGGCAGUGUGGUUGGUGUGGUGUUGGGGCAUCAUGCAAACGCUAGGCACAGCCCAUAAAACGCUAAAAUGUACCUCAGUUUUGUAUCGGAGUAACGCGACGUGGCUCAAAUCUAAGUAGUAAUAGAGGUGAGCACCACGAAAAAGUUUCAGAUUGUACUGUGGUAUAUUACUGUGUAGGGAACAGUUGGUAUUGCAGUCUCAGUAUUAUAUAUAUGGGUAACUGUAAUUAUUUAAGGCAUUCUGUUGUUUGUGGAUUAAAUUGUGGAUACGCACAUGGUUCCUCCCUACGUAGUCUCACAGGUGUAAUGCAUCAUGGUUGAUAACGGGUGACACCUGACUUUUUGUUUCUCCAAUGUUUACUCUGCAGAGUCUUUAGGGACUGUGGAGAAGUUCAGAGUUUUUUUAGUAACAAAAGUAGCCCCCCUGGACUGUAGAAUACGUGAACUCUUAAGCAGACAUUUGAUCUGAGCCUCUACGUACACACACCUUAUUCCACUGAUGAUUUCUUACAAACAACAGACUGUAGGAGCUGCUGUACAAGUUACCCUGUAUGUAUAUUGAACGCAGUACUUGAGGUCAGGCUCACGAUGACUGCUGUAAAUUGUGGUCUUUUUAAAAGCUUGAGGAGUUGCUGUGUGCUUAUUUUGUAAGCUAAAAGCCAUCAACCUGCAUAGCUGUGAGCUAUCACAGCACGUAUGAAACAAUCAUGUAAGGUUCUGUUUCCCUGUAGUUUUUGGACCUUUUUUGGCUAACAGGAUCUUGUUGGGUCUUAGUGUUUUUUUUUUUAAUUUGCCUCUUGGCAUGAAAAAUAGAUAUAAAAAUGAUGCUAUAUUGCUGACAGUGUUGGCUAUCAGUUUAUUGAUUCCCUUUGAUUUAAAAAUGUUUUAAAUUGUUUUGUUUUUUAGUCACCAAAUGGUUAUCCCCCAAGAAAAUUCAUUGAGUCUCUUGGACCGAAUGAGGCUUUUCUGUGGUAGCCUCUUGACCAGCACUAGUCCUCAGAAGCUUUAAGAAGACCUCAUUUUAUUUGGCACUGCAUGAUCAACACACAAAGGCCAAAGAUCUCAGUCUGCUGUUUCAAGCAUCAGGUCUGUAGAAACUUGGAACUGUGGAAUUUCUGAUUGACACAGUUCCAUAUUUUAUUUAGUUAAGAGUUAAACAGUCUAGUUGAAAAUUUACAGGCCUGAAAGAAAGUAGGCUGAAGUCUAGAUACAAAGCUCAUUAUUUUUGGUCUGAGGGAAUAAAACUGCUUUCACGAUCACGAUCUCUGAGCUCAAACUGCCAAGUACUUUAGACAUUUGAACUGCGUGUUGCAUUAAACAUGCAGCAUCAUUCACAACACCAUUAAGAGUGAGGUCUUUGGCCUAAGGCACUUUGGUCAAACCUGUGUGCAUUUUGGUGUUGCAAAUUUCUUGCGCGUUCUUGUUUAUUGUUUAAAAAAAAAAUUUAGGCUGGGGAAAGCAAAAAUAGCCCAGAUUCAAAUUUCUCAUCUUUUGUUUUCUGUUUGCUGUGUGUCCUGCUGAACAUGUUGAUGUGCUGUUGGAAACUAAAAGCCAUAGAAGCAGACAGGCUAGUGGGAAGCAUGCAGUGCGCACAGGAGAGCUGUGACUCUUGCCUGCCUUGCUUACUCGCUGUUGGUAAGCGUGUUGUGAUAAGGGUUGGAUGUUUGCUUUUUUUUUUAACGAAAAAGCAUUGGUACUUUUUGUUUUUUAACUGUGUUUGUAUGCCAUAUCCCAUGCACUCGUGUGGGCAGCGGUUUCAGUUGCUUCCGUCACUUUCUCCACGGAAGGUGCCCCCAGGCCUCGGAGGCAUGCUGGGACUCUGGAAAGGGCGAAAAUAUUUCUUUGAUUCUCACAGAAGCAUUACAUGAGAUUUCCUGAAAAUCGCAAUGGUCGUGGUAUAAAUCGGCAGCUACACCUCUCCCGUUUUUGAUUGCGUCUGACAACAGCACCAGCAUCGCAGUCCAUAUGAGCCAGUUUAUAUUCUCCUCGGUGUCCAGUUUUGUUUCCUGCAAGGCCCCAUUUUUGAGCUGUUGCGUUGCUAGGCUACGCCGCCAGAUGUAACCUGUCUUGUGUCUUGGCCAGCCCUUCUCUCAGGCCGCUAAGUUGACUUUGCGCAGAGUGUGUUUCAAAGGUCCCCUGGCCUGUCUGUGGUACACAAAUCUCCCUCAUGCCCCCGUUUCCUUGUUGCAGUCCUGCCAAUUUUUUUUUCCGGUACUGCCGUCUUCACUUUGCAUUUAUUUGUUUUUUUAACAUGGGGAACACUGCUAGAAUGCUUUGUCUUUCACUUCAGAGAAAGGGGACUGUUUGAGGGGUUCAGUGGCUUUGCUGAUCCAGGGCCCAGGCUGGUUGGUAAGGCAGCCACAGUACUUGUUUCAGAACAGGGAAACCAGUUAAUGGCGCUGUAUAACAAUGGUGGUUUUUUUCUGUAUAAUAAUAUAAACUUCAAGGCUGGUUCCUUGAACGGUGCAGAAGUUACAAUUUUCUAGUUUUUAGGAUUUCUAGUAUUAAGAGUCCAGAAUAUGGCUCUACACGUGCUGUACAUUUCCACUGUGUUUCCACUGUGAAUUCAGUGUAUGUUAUCAAACUAAUGGAGAGGAGCUGCCAGCUGUGGGAUUGUGUCAGAGUCUGCACAUCCCAUGAGUUCAGAAUUUAUGGAGGGGGAAUUCGUUAUGUUAUACAGCACCACCUCCCUGUGGUAACAAGGAUACAGCUGCAGUUGAAAGUAAAGCUUCCGUACAGCUAUCUGUGCAUUUUAAAACUUGUUAAACAGUUGCACUAUGCUUACUCCUGUAACAAGAACAUUUGUUAUUGCAAAGCUCAGAAAAUCAACCUACUUUGAAAUUCCCUUUUCUAACCUCAAGACAAACACCAGCUACCUUCAUUGACCAUAGGAGGGCACUGCAGUGGCGACUGAGAUUUCCUGCGGGGUUGUGGGUCUGAAAUUCCCAGCUUCCACAGUGAAAUGGCGAAUACACCAGCCUCCGCUCACGCUACUAAGACUUUGCCAAAUGUCAGUAUUCAACGGUGCCCGUUUCUUUCUGUGGCGCUGAGAGUUUUCUGUGCCCCAGUGGCUGUGAACACUAAAUGUUUGCUUUGUAGCCAAAGCGUCCUCCCCAUUGCUGCCGUUGUGAUCUCACUGUCGGGAGACAGGAGGCCGGCGGCUCACCCUGCCCCAUCCCCCCUGACACUGUGCUGCCGACUGGUAGGGAAGUGCUGGAAGGGGUUCUUCUGUGCGUGCUUCUGGAUUUCUGCCCGCACAACCAGUCAGGACAGGCUGGAGUAGUUUUUCUGCUUGGAAGGGCUUGUGAGUUUUAAGGAGCUGGGGACGGGAUAACUCCAGGGCCCCUUUGCAUUUAAGAGUUUUGUUUGUUUGUUUUUUUUUAUAAAAAAUGUGUUCUUCUCAAUGCAUUCAUUUCAGGUUUCCUUUACUUGUGUGUUCCACAUUAAUACUGAGUUUUGCUCUGAAACCUCACUCAGUGCUAGCAGUUGUUUUGUGAAUAGUUCCCUGCCAAAUUGGGGGGGGUGGGCUGCUUUCGUUGUUCAUAACUCCACCACCUAGCUGCUGUCUAGGCUGGCCAGUUCAUCACAAGAUUUAAGGUUGGACCCUGUCUCGUGGCGAAGAUCUUGAGCAAAUCUCCUGUGUGUAUCAGCUGGCCUUUUCAUUCUUGUUUGCCACCCACAGUUUCACUUCACUGGAAUGUUUAUUUCCUGUUUGUCUGGUCUUCAUAAUCAAGAGUUUAUGGAAGCCGGAAUUAAAAAUGAUUUUGUUAA